AUGGGUUACACUGAAGUGAAGUUUAUUGAGCUGAAUGGAUUGGAGAUCAAGACCACUCUGACAGAUGAAGAGAAGUCGAUUGAUGACCAUAUCUCGUCCUUCUUCACCCCGACCGAUGAUUAUGGAACCAAAGUUAUCGGGUUUGAUGUCGAGUGGCCAGUUGAAUACAAAGAUAGCACUGAUUACUUGUUCAAACGGGCAAAUUUUCAACUCUGUGAUGGAAAUUCAUGCCUUGUUAUUUGUCUACCAUUUUCUUCUGACGUGGUUCCCAAGUCGCUGCAUAAUUUUCUUCGUAUGCCAAAUUAUACCUUCGUAGGCAUUGGCAUUAAAGAUAAUUUGGCUUUCUUGGAGAAGGAACAUGGAAUUGUAUUCAGAAAUGCUGUUGAACUAGGACCUUUGGCUGCUAGUCUUAUGAAGAUGCCUCAUUUACGUUAUUGUGGUGUCGAUGAACUAGCAUUUGAGGUCUGUAAACUCGAUCUUCGUAAGUACAGGCCUUCAAGAUUGGCUUUCAAUUGGGGCAAAUAUUACAUUAACAAAGAACUUGUUAAACAUGCUACUGUCAAUGUUUACUCUUAUCAUAAGAUUGGGAGUGCACUGCUACGUCCCGCACCUGUACCUCAAAUGCCAGUUUUGAUAACAGUUAGAUCGGGCAGUCCACAAUACUAA